ACAUCACGAUAACGUGAGUAUGGAUAAAGCAAAUGAGAUUGGUUUGCGUUGAUGCUGAACUGAGGUAGGUGUGAGUGAGACCCCUUCCAACAGAGAGUGUCUUGUACAUAGUCGACCAUGGGUGCAAGGAUUUAUGACAUUGUGCUGGUCGCAGUCGUAAUUGCUUCUGGGGCUGGAUUGAAAAUGGAGAAUGGUCAAAAACACGCUGCCAUUUUUGCAAAUUCAACCGAAGGCCUAGUUGAACAAACAGCGCAGAAUACCAGCCUCUUGGACGACACAGCGAGUCUCGGGAGAGACAGCGGCGUUGUCACUCAUCAACAUCCAGACAUGAACACAUUGAUACCCACAUUUCCUCCAGAAGUCGACGAUCCUGGCUUGUUCGCGCUGAUGGGGUUUGUAAACAGCAUCGAAAGGGUAAAAGGAGGGGGUGCUUUACUUGAAUCUCUCAUUGUCACACUGGAUGGUGUAAAUGCCGAGCAGUUGAAAGGGAUAACGUCACUCUUGCCACUUAUUACUGCUAAUCCUGUUCACAAGAAUGGUGGUUUCCUUAAAUUGAUGUCAGUCCUUGCAUCCACUCCUGACGGAGAACGUCUUGUUGAACAGGCUAUUGGUCUCCUCGGAAAUACCACAUAUGAUGAGAUUCAAGAUGUCAGCAGUUUUGUUCCGAUCAUCUCUGGGAAGGCUAACUUCAGUGAAGGGGCGCUGAUUCUGGAUGAUUUCAUUAAAGGCAACACCAGUGAGGAAAUCCUGCUGGCGACACUCGGCACCAAUACCAGUGAGAGCAUCAUGGAAGUGUUACCCGCCGUGUCGGAGCUCCUCCAGACAGGAUCAGUGAAUGGUAUGAUUGGGGAACUAUUGACCCCAGGUGGAACUGCUAAUCAAGUGUUGAUGGGUUAUAUAGGCAAAGUUGGUGGUCAGAACUUGGUUAAUUUAGCUAACACUGUGUUGCCUAUACUAGCGCCAGUGUUUUCGGCUCCUGGUGGAAUAUUUAGCAACGCCUCUGCAAACUACACCAUGACUGUUCUCAAAGGCGUGUCCCAUAAUUUGCAAAAUGUGACGGUUCAGAAGGAGUUCGGAGCUGUAGCUGCUCAACAAAUAGUUUCUAUAAUGAACAAGGGAAUACACAUGCUUUCACCGUUUGCAAUCUAUCCGAAUAUAUACAAUCUGACAGUAGGGGAAACGGUACUAGAGGCCGUAGUUUCUCUCAUAGCAAAUCUCAAUACAACUGCUGUUCGUGAAGUACUUGGUAAUUCCUCAUUGCUGGACAGGGUCGAAGAUAUAGCGGCACAUGCACAGUCCGUUGAUGAUUUCGAAAAAUAUAUUUUUGAAGUCGUAAUUCAACUUAUUCAAAGACCGAGAGUGAUGCGACUUGUUGGGGGGUUUCUUGGUAGUCAAUUCAGCUCGUUGCUCCAAAACGUGUAUACAGUCUUAUUAUCGUUUGAAGAUGAUCUUGACGUGACAAACUUAACACUGUCUCAGCCACUAGAAGCAUUGGAGACAAUUCUUGAAAACAUUAACGACACCAAACUGGAACAUGUGUUGGGUAAUUCGUCCAUGUCUGACAGGAUUAUGUCAAUCGUCUCACGGUUACAAUCUCCAGGACGAGGGGCGGGCGUCAACCCUCAGUGCAUGGCAGACCUCCGUGAAUAUUUCCAUGGACUCACAAGACUGGACAUGUGGGCUCUCAACAUGCUAGACGCCAGUGGCAAGCCAGGAAGUAGUCUGCUGAAAGGGGCUGUCAAGUUCUACGGUAACUACGACGAGUGUCUGGAGACCAAUGUUACACUGAAGGGCGUGGCCGGGGGGCCGGGGCGAGAGAUACGAGGAAGCUACUGCAACCUAGCCUUCACCCUGCCACAGUCCGUCCUUGACGCGACAGGUGCUCUGGACACACCAAUGCCUCUCCCCGCUGACUAUGUCCCGGCCCUGGAGUGGCACCUGUGUCUGCCUCAGUCCUGCAAUGAGGACACGCUCUACUUCGCCCUGUCUUUCUUGCCCCUGGAUGUGAUUGACAGCAGCGUGUACAAAGUGCAGUGUUCACAUGAGCAGGACCUCUCUCACGACACGCCCGCCAUUACUGCAGUGUCCGUGCUAGGUCUGAUUGUCUUCCUCACGCUGCUGGGCACGCUCUAUGAUGUGGUCACCGGAGAGGUUCUUAGAGUGAAAAGGAAAUCUGAUGACAACCACGAUGACUACGACGGCGAUGUCAUUGCAGACUUCGACAAAAACAUCGGCAGGACCAGUUUCAAUAACGGUAUAUCCAUUGUAUCAAUGAACGGGAAGCUGGUGGAGGGGGCUCCAGACAACGACAGUGUAUCCACAUCGACACUACCCUAUGAGGAUUACGACGAAGACCAGGAAGGUGUGUGUCGGCGGUUGUUGCUGUGCUUUUCCUUCAGUCGUAACACGGAGAAGAUAUUCGACACCAGCAAGAGAGUGGGCAGCCUUGGGUGUAUUCACGGCAUCCGGGUUCUCAGCAUGGCGUGGGUGAUCCUUGGACACAUGAUUGUCUACACCAGGGGCGUUACAGACGAGAAUGUGACAGAAGUUCUGAAGAAGGUGAAACACUUCACCAUGCAGGCUGUGGUCAACGCGUCCCUAGCUGUCGACACGUUCUUCCUCAUUGGGGGAUGUCUGGUAGCGUUCUUGUUUCUGAGACAAGCCAAGAAAACCGGCAAGUUAACUGGGCGGCAGACGGCGAUGUAUUACGUUCAUCGGUUCUGGAGACUGAGCCCCGUUUACCUGGUGAUCCUGAUGACCUACACGUGCCUCUUCAAGUACAUGUUGGAUGGCCCGCUAAAGUCGGACGGCCUCCACUAUGACAAUGUCCACUGCACGUCCAACUGGUGGACCAAUGCCCUCUACAUCAACAACGUAUACAAGUCAGGUGAAGGUUGCAUGAGGUGGACGUGGUUCAUGGCUGACGACAUGCAGUUCUACAUAAUAGCACCCCUGACGCUGGUGCCUAUUGUCCUGGGGCUUCAAGCACUUGGAGUCAUCCUGAUGGUGUUGCUCGUGUUCGUCCAGAUCGCCACCUACGCUUACAAGGAAUACUCCGUUGAUGGCGCCAUGCUCAAGAAUGAUGAGCAGUUUAUGCGAGAGAUUUACUUCAUGCCGUGGUGUCGUGUGGGCGUCUUUGCUUUGGGUCUGCUGCUAGGCUUCAUCCUGAACAAGACUAAGUGUAAAGUUCACAUUCCCCGGUUCGCCCUGGUGGUGGGGUGGCAGAUCGCUCUGGCCCUCGGGCUGGUGUGCACGUACAUCACGUGGAGCGAGUGGAAGGUGGGUCACAUCAGCUGGGACAGGGACAUGCGACUGACCCACGAGACGCUCUCCCGGCCAGCCUGGGCACUCUUCGUGUCAUGGAUCAUAUUUGUGUGCACCACGGGACAUGGAGGAAUCGUGGACCGUCUGCUGUCAUGGGGGGCGUGGAUGCCGCUGGGUCGUCUUACAUACGGGGCCUACUUGAUCCACCCAAUUCUCAUCACGUACACCGACUUCUCGAAGAGAGCACUUGUCUAUGUCGACUUCAUCUUCAUCGCGUAUCAGUUUAUCGGAACGUUUGUGGUGUCCUACGGUGUGUCGUUCGUGUUCAGCGUCCUGGUCGAGGCUCCAACACUGGCACUGGAGACUGUGGCGCUCGGACGUUACAGGGGAGUCCGCUGAUUAUCCGACUCUGCACACCCUCAUCUCACUCCCCUACAACGUGCCUCACACCCUCACGACGUGCCUCACGCCCCACACACCAUCCACCUACCCUACUCACACCCACAUGACGUCCCUCACACUCUCACAAACCCUCCUUACAACCCCAACCCCACUACGACCCAACUCCGAACCCAACCCCGAAUACCACCCCUACCACACCCCAUACCACACUGGAAACAGCAGCGCUGGGACGCUUGACAGGAGCCCGAUGAUCACUAUAUUCCACAUAUAUACACCCACACCCCGACGUCCCUCCACACUCCCAUACCCCCACUCUGGAGACAAUGGCGCUGGAACGCUGAAGUGGAGCCUAAACCGCAGCUAUAGAAGUGUACGAUGACCUCCUAGCCGUCCUCCAGUAUUCAUAGCGAGUUGGCAAAAAAUCAAUUUGUACCAUACUUUACCUGUUUUACAGUUAACCUUUUUAAUCGUCUUCCUAUGAAAGCUCCGAGUUGCAAUCGUACACCUCUCAUUAAAACAGACAAGUGUAGACCUGUGUAUUAUGUAUACCACCGGUCUAGAUCUAUGCAGGGAUGGUCUGUGGACACAUGGAUGUGACUCUUUGUGUUGGUGUGACGUACGUGACUCAAUUACAAUUAUGUAAAUAAGAAUCAAUAAUAUAUGAUAUAUAAUAUAAUAAUUUUGUUGUGACCUGUUGGAUUCAGUAGAUCAUGGCUUGAAUCGCGCAACAAUACGUAGCAUGGUGUGAAGUGGUGCAUGUACUGUAACCAAUAUAUAACAUGGUGUGAAGUGGUGCAUGUACUGUAACCAAUAUAUAACAUGGUGUGAAGUGGUGCAUAUACUGUAACCAAUAUAUAACAUGGUGUGAAGUGGUGCAUGUACUGUAACCAAUAUAUAACAUGGUGUGAAGUGGUGCAUGUACUGUAACCAAUAUAUAACAUGAUGUGAAGUGGUGCAUAUACUGUAAUCAAUAUAUAACAUUUUGUGAAGUGGUGCAUAUACUGUAACCAAUAUAUAGCACGGUGUGAAGUGGUGCAUGUACUGUAACCAAUGCAUAGCACGGUGUGAAGUGGUGCAUAUACUGUAACCAAUACAUAUCACGGUGUGAAGUGGUACAUGUACUGUAACCAAUAUAUAACAUUUUGUGAAGUGGUGCAUGUACUGUAACCAAUGCAUAGCACGGUGUGAAGUGGUGCAUAUACUGUAACCAAUACAUAUCACGGUGUGAAGUGGUGCAUGUACUGUAACCAAUACAUAGCACGGUGUGAAGUUGUGCAUAUACUGUAACCAAUGCAUAGCACGGUGUGAAGUGGUACACGUACUGUAACCAAUAUAUAUCAUGGUGUGAAGUGGUGCAUGUACUGUAACCAGUGCAUAGCACGGUGUGAAGUGGUGCAUGUACUGUAACCAAUACAUAGCACGGUGUGAAGUGGUGCAUAUACUGUAACCAAUGCAUAGCACGGUGUGAAGUGGUGCAUGUACUGUAACCAAUAUAUAUCAUGGUGUGAAGUGGUGCAUGUACUGUAACCAAUACAUAGCAUGGUGUGAAGUGGUGCAUGAACUGUAACCAAUACAUAGCACGGUGAAGUGGUGCAUAUACUGUAACCAAUAUAUAGCACGGUGUGAGGUGGUGCAUAUACUGUAACCAAUGCAUAGCACGGUGUGAAGUGGUGCAUGUACUGUAACCAAUACAUAUCACGGUGCGAAGUGGUGCAUGUACUGUAAUCAAUACAUAUCACGGUGUGAAGUGGUGCCUGUACUGUAACCAAUACAUAGCAUGGUGUGAAGUGGUCCGUGUACUUUAACCAAUAUAUAUCAUGGUGUGAAGUGGUGCCUGUACUGUAACCAAUACAUAUCACGGUGCGAAGUGGUGCAUGUACUGUGACAUGUACUACUGCGCAAAGUGUUUCAUCUGAAAACAGCAAUGUAUGGUAACAGGAACAAACACAACAUACAUAUGCCUCUCUAUGGUUUCCUAGAAAAUAGUGGUUGGUGUGUACAUUGAGUAUAAAUACAUGUUGAGCUUAUACGCAUAUGGCUGUAGAUUUCGUAACAUGAGUGGUCUUCUUACUAUAUAAUUUAUUUUGUUCUUGACCUUAAAGUUUUGAUGUCAACAUAAAUGUCAUUAUGUAACAGAGAGCGGUGUUUACAUAAGCCAGUUAGACCUGUUUACCAAUCCCUUUCAAGGCAAGUUGAAUAAAAUAUGUUAAAAGUACAUAGCAUGGCGGUACAUGUGCUGUUGGCAAUAGAUCGCAUGGUGUGAAGUGAUGCGUAUAUUGUUUCAUAGAUUUCUGUGACUAUGUGUCAUAUAUUCAUUGAUACAUUUCAUAACAUUAUUUAUUCACAAAUUUACAGAAAUGUACACUUACCGAUUGGUGAUAUUAUUUUCUACGACGUCUCUACACAAUGUAUACCAAUAUGUUUAUUUUAUAUGUACAUCCAGUAAACGAUUGUGCUUGUCCAUUU